AUGGAACUGGACAGAAUCAGGGAAGAACCCGGCAGUGACAAGGCCAUGUAUUAUUUCGAUAAAACGGUAGCUGACGUCAUUCGUGAAACCGCAAAGGAACUCAAGGUUGCGGAGUUGGAUGAAAAAGAAGAAGCUAUUCAUACCCAAGCGGUCGAGAAGGUUAAGGAGGUGGAGCAUGGAGGCAUCCUCCAGGAGAAGGAUGAUGUUGUCGAGAUUGACCCGGAGAUUAUUCGGAUUGAGCACAUGAGGAAACCAAAAGAGGUUGAGAUUGUGCCGGAGAUGAAAGCGUACAUUGUGGAGAAAUCGGGGAGGUAUCAGAGGACAUUGACGGAAGGGCUUCAUCUAUGUGAUCCUUGGGAAGAUGAAAUAAUAGCGUAUGAAUAUUGUUUGAAAGACCAUUCUAUACCCACUCUCCAUGGGAAUGUUAUCACUGGGGAGAACAACUAUACGUCGUACAUGUCGCUAGAUGGAGUUAUUCGGGUCAAAGUUGUUGACCCUAAUUAA